CAACAGCUGCUGCGAGCACUUUCUGCCCCAACAGUCCCCCCGCCGGACGCCGGCCGCCCGCGCAGGGACCCCGCGCCUGCACUGUCCCCGCGCGGACGAGUAGGGGGCGCCCGCGCCGCUCCCUCGUCCCGCGCCGGAGACUUUGGAAGUCCCUUGUCUUCACAUUGCCGGGAUCCGCGUCUUGCUCAAAUGAGCCACUCAGCCAAUGAAGACAGACGGAACUAGUGCCCUGGUGCUGACUCACAUCUGAAUCACAGCACUGGGCAGCUGGGAUACUGUGUUUGUGCAAAGACCCAUCAUCUCCAUCACUGAGCUUUCCCCAGAGUCUGGAGUACACUCCCCUCUGAACUUUAGUUACAAGCCCAGGUUCCUCAAGGUUUGUGUGACGUCUCACAAGUGGCCUUAUUCUAACUCCCAGAGAUUCUCCAGUAGACCUGAAGGGGCAGGCAACAUGCCAACUCAAUCCCUCCUCAUGUACAUGGAUGGGCCGGAAGUCAUUGGUAGCUCUCUGGGUACCCAGAUGGAGGUGGAUGAUGCUGUGUCCAUCAAAGGGCCAGCCUCAGUCCCCUUCCGAGCUGCUCCGGAGAGGAGCAUGACCCCAGCUGAAGGGCACAUGCCCCUGGACUGCAUGUUCUGCAGCCAGGCCUUCUCUCAUGCAGAGGACCUCAGUCAGCACGUGCUCCUGCAGCACCGACCCACCCUCUGCGAGCCGGCCGUCCUGCGGGUGGAGGCUGAGUAUCUGAGUCCUCUUGAUAAAGGCCAGGUGCCAGCAGAAGCGUCCAAGGAGAAGAACUGCAAAGAGAACGAGGAGCUGAGCUGCGAUGUGUGUGGGCAGACGUUCCCAGGGGCUUUUGACGUUGAGAGCCACAUGAAGAAACACAAGGACUCCUUCACAUACGGGUGCAGCAUGUGCGGGAGACGGUUCAAGGAGCCAUGGUUCCUGAAGAACCACAUGCGGACACACAAUGGCAAGUCUGGCACCAGGAGCAAGUUGCAGCAGAGCCUUGAGAGUCCUAUGACUAUCAAUGAAGUAGUCCAGGCACAUGUAGCUGGGAGCAUCUCCUCUCCCUACAAGAUCUGCAUGGUUUGCGGCUUCCUCUUCCCAAAUAAGCAGAGCCUCAUUGAGCACAGUAAGGUUCAUGCCAAAGAAACUGCCUCCAGUGCCCCUAGCACAGCCCCUGAUGUCCAGCAGGAGGGACCCACGCCCCCAAGGGAAGAGCUGCUGCAGUUUUUGAACUUGAGACCCAGAUCCCACCCGGAGACUCCAGUGAAGCCCACCACCUGUAUACCUCAGCUUGACCCAUUCACCACCUACCAGGCAUGGCAGCUGGCCACCAAAGGGAAAGUGGCCAUUGCCCAAGAAGAGGUGAAGGAGUCAGGCCAGGAAGGGAGCACGGACAAUGACGAUUCGUGUUCAGAGAAAGAGGAACUUGGAGAAAUUUGGAUUGGGAGCAAGUCGGAAGGUUCUGGAAAGUCCAAAACAAAUAGAAGCAGUUGUCCAGGUCUCUCCCAAGACAAAGAGAAGCCUAGACAUGCCAACAGUGAAGUGCCUUCUGGGGAUGGUGAUCCCAAGGUGCCCAGCAGCAAGGAGAAGCCCACACACUGCUCUGAGUGCAGUAAAGCCUUCAGGACCUACCACCAGCUUGUUCUGCACUCCAGGGUGCACAGGAAGGACAGGAGGGCCGAUGCCCCAUCUCCUACCAUGUCUGUGGACGGACGACAGCCUGGGACUUGCUCCCCAGACCUUGCUGCCCCUCUGGAAGAAGGUGGGGCCGUGGACCGAGAAGGGGGCUCUGAAGACGGGUCUGAGGAUGGCGUCACUGAAGGGCUCCAUUUGGAUAAAAAUGAUGAUGGAGGAAAAGCAAAGCCCCUCACGUCGUCGAGAGAGUGUAGUUACUGUGGCAAGUUUUUCCGUUCAAACUAUUACCUCAAUAUUCAUCUCAGAACGCAUACAGGUGAAAAACCAUACAAAUGUGAAUUCUGUGAGUAUGCCGCAGCCCAGAAGACGUCUCUGAGGUACCACCUGGAGAGACAUCACAAGGACAAGCAGCUGGUGGAUGCUGCCACGGAGGCCAAAAGCGAAGGCCGGAGCCAGGAGCCCCAGGAAGUACUGCUAACUGCCGACAGCGCGCAGACCAAAAAUUUAAAGCGCUUUCUUGAUGGUGCCAAAGAUGGUAAGGGCAGCCCACCUGCCAAGCAGCUGAAGGAGACGCCUUCUGUCUUCCAGAGUGUUCUGAGCAGCACUGUCCUCUCACCAGCACACAAGGAUACUCAGGAUUUCCAUAAACAUGCAGCCAGUGAUGGCGAGAAAGUGCGAAAGAGCCCUGCCCCUGCCUAUCUGGACACGACAAAGAAGAGAGCAGCAGGUGACCCUCAGGCCAGCAGCCCUGCUUGCAAGCUAGAGGGGGUCGGACCCCUGGCACGGGAAGCCGGCCAUAGGGAGAAGAUGGAGUGGGAAGCUGACUGCCAGGACAGUCCUUUGAAUCUAUCCCUUGGGCCACUCCACGCCUCUCCUGCCAUCACCCUGAAUAAGUGUCUCAUUCCCAGCAUCUCCUGCCCCUUCUGUACCUUUAAGACCUACUAUCCAGAAGUUCUGUUGAUGCACCAGAGACUGGAGCAUAGGUACAACCCUGACACCCACAAGAACUGCAGCAGCAAGUCUGUGAUGAGGAACCGGAGGACAGGCUGUCCUCCUGCCUUGCUGGGCAAAGAUGUGCCUCCCUUGUCCAGCCUGCACAAGUCGAAGGUCAAGCCUGCCUUCUCAUCACAGGCCAAGUCCCUGCACCCGGAGAAGGUCCGACAGGGCUCCUCGGGGCCGAACAAAGCUCCCCAGACAUCAGGGCCAGACAACAGCACUUUAGCCCCAAGUAACCUGAAGUCACACAGGUCACAGCCUAGUGCUGGAAGUCCUGGGGCCGCCAGGCAGCAGCAGUCAGAGCUGUUUCCCAAAGGUGGCGGCGUCUCUGCUGCUACAGAGAAGGUGAAGAGACCCGAGCUGAAGCCCAAGGCCCUGCCAGCUGCCCCAUCUCAGUCUCCCCUCGGCAGUAGUAAUGGCAACGGCUCCAUCGAGUACUCUGUGAAGGUGGAUGGCCCAUGGGUGUCACAAGGAAGAGACUACUACUGCCAUCGGAAUGCUGGCAGUGCCGUAGCAGAGGUCAGUGAGCCACAUCCAAAAAGACUCAAAUCCAGUGUGGUGGCCCUGGACACAGAACAUCCUGGGCCCAACGGCAGAAGGGGCUUUGAGCUCCCCAAGUACCAUGUGGCCAGGAGUAUCACCUCGCUAUUACCAUCAGAGUAUGUGCGUCCAUCGCCUGUGCUGCUCCCCAAAGCCCGUUUCCUGAGCCCUGGGGAGGUGGAGUCGCCCAGUGUGUUGACUGUGCAGAAGCCCUGUAGCACCUCUGGACCUCUGUAUACCUGUGGACCUGUGGGACACGCAGGAGCCAGCCCAGCCCUUGAAGGAAAGAGGCCGGUGUCCUAUCAGCACCUAUCCAACAGCAUGCUGCAGAAGAGAAGCUAUGAGAACUGUGUGGGAAAUACACAUUAUCGACCAAAUGACAAAAAAACUUGAUUUCUGAGUUUGGGGAAAAGGUCUCGCCAGAUGCAAGUACACACUUCCCACGGAAUCACACUUUGGUUCAUCUUGUGCGAGCGCGUGGUGAUAGCUACUGAAGAAGCUGUGACUGUAUUGUACAUAGACUCCAAGAGCAGAGAAGGAACACUACAUCCUCUAAAGUUCUGUUAACUUUUGUACCAAAUAGCAAUAAAAACUAGUGGGAGCAGUUGGGCUGUACACAAAUGGGGACUGCAAUCUACUUUGUCCCUAAAUAUUUUUUUAAAGAGUUGACCAAAUACAUUUUUGCAUACUUGAGCGCUGCUGAAAAGAAGUCACUGGGGUGGGAUGGGGAGGGGAGGGGACCGACGUUAUGCUCGCACCUCAGGUCAUUGUAAAUACCUAUGUUGUAAACUUGCCUAAGUACAUACUGUGUGUAUUUCUUUCCCUCGUGGAGCUCAAUGUUUUGAGCAGUUUCUGCUCCUUUAUGCUCUUUCAUUUAAAACAUGUUUUAAAGCAAAUUCUCUUUGCUCUGUGUUAUGUUGAGUCCUCUACAAUCUAUUGUUUGUCUUAACAAAAUUGUUGAUGGAAGUGUUGACACUCUGAAGGUGUGCUGUGCAUCUUGAGGUCAGCAGCACUGAACCUGGCACCUUUUAGUCAGCUGUUGUCAGCGAGUCGCCGAGGAGGGUAGAUAGAUAGAUGUCUUCCUGUGUCUGCAGGUUGUCCUGGAGCCCCAGCAUCCUGCCUCGGGGUGGCCUGUGGUGCUUCUAGCUAGUGAGCCUACAGAGAAGCCACCGUCCUAGAGGGGCAGAUGUUGAGUGGACCAGCCAGGCUUCAUGGGAGCUAUCUCAGUUGUUGAUGUCUGUUGUAAGAUCAGUUUCUUGGAGAGUUGUCUGAGUUAAGUCUAGAUAAAUACGCCAAAUUUCCUUGUGUGAAUCGCAUGCUGGGAAGCAAUUUUAAAGGGAGUGAAAGGUUUGAGGAAGUUUUUUAGUUUGUGUCUGGAGUCUUGGUAUGAGGUGGAGACACCUUGAGUCUGGUGAGGAGCUGCUGGCUGAGCCUCCUGGGAGGGAGAGAAAGCUGCUGUACCCUUGUCUCCCGGUGCCUGUCACAGCCAGGGUGAUUUCCUCAGCGCACAGGCAGCUUGGGAUUGAGGGUGACAGCCACCAGCUGGCUCACUCAGCAUUUUAAACUUGAGUUCCUUUGAUGCCUUGAGUUUAUUCAACAGUUCAUGGGUUUAGCGAACCCAAAAUCUUUUAUUAAGAAACUGUUUCAAAAGUUUGCACUGCUCGUUUUUCUUGCCCUACCCCUCUUGGUAGGACAAAAGGGUGAAGAGCUCAAAGAACCCGACUGCUCCCUACUUUGAUUGUGUGACAUGGGGUCCUCGGGAGACCUGUGUGAGGUCCCUAGGGAGACUGUACCUCCUGUGUUGAAGGGAGAGCUGGGUUGAGAUGUGUCUGCUUUUGCAGACAGUGCGUUUGUAUCAGGAACCGUGUACACUAGGGCCUGUUCCCGUCCACAAGCGGAGCCAUGUGUACAUAAUCUAGACUGUUUUCUUAGGUUCUGCACUUUUAUAGCCUAUUUUUGAAGAUUAACACAUUUGCAAGAUGAUUGACUCAAUCUUUGCCUAAAUCCAGCGAGUAUACAGGAAGCUCGCAGAGAUGAUAAAUGUAAAUUUUGAGGGGGAGGUUAUAUACAAUAGGGGGCAAAAUGACACCUGUAUUAAAAAAAAUCACCAAAUCUAUUAGAAAACAAGUCAAUGGUGUAAUGCUGAAAUUUUGGGGGCUUUCGGAUUUCUCUAGUUACAUUUUCUGAAUGCAUAAAAAUUCCAGUUUUUUUUUUUUUUUUUUUUUUUUGCUUUUAAACAGCCCUUUGUACUUCACAGUGUGUUCUUGUCAUCAGUAUUAACUCUUGGGAUACUACUGGCUUUGUGUGUCUUCCCUUUGAGGCAACAGUACAUGUGAUAGAGGUACAAUUUGUUGGAUUUUUGUUAAUGUAUUUAUUUCAUUCCAGUUUGAUUUAUUUUAAUUGUUGAUACUUAAGUUGUCAGACUGUAGACAUGCUUUAUUUAUGAUAUAUUUCAGCUUAAAGUUAUGUUAUUAUAUGUGGAUGUAAAUAUAGAUUUGGUGUUUUACA